GUGUGGGGUAUAAGGAAUGUAAAACGAGGAGAAACACGAAACCGAAAGACACGCUCAGAGAUUCGUUCAGCUUCUUCUAAUUUCGAUUUCUGUGAAACUAUUAUAGAAGGUGCAAUAAGAAUGAACAACAAUCAAGCAAAAAAUUUUGGUGCAUCUGCAUCAUCAUCAUCAUUGUUUGGUCCUUUUGGAAUAUCACCACAGUCUCAACAACAACAAUGGAACCAUCUUGUCUCUAGAUCACACCCUCAAACCCAAUUCCAUGGUCAAUUUCAGUUUUCAGAACCACAAUUACAUCCUCAGGGUUUUGCACAAGCUCACUAUGCACAGUUGCAGUCUCAGGCAGCACUUGCUUCUUUACAAUCAUCACAAACUCAACCUGUUACUCCAUUGCAUAAUGCCAAUACCAAUACUAAUGUUGUAUCGACUCCGGCUACCGGUGGCUCCAAGCGAGCAGGAACUCAAAGGAACUUGUUGCGGACUCCAGGUUCGUCUGGUGCGAACCAAAAUGUGCCGGAUAAGACAAUGGAAUUGACUCCUGCUUCUCGGCGAAGGAUGAGAGAGUUACCGGAGAAGCAGAUGUUGGAGAAAGUGGCUACGAUUCUGCCUGAGUCUGCUCUUUAUACUCAAUUGCUUGAUUUUGAGGCUCAGAUGGAUGCUGCAUUGGCUAAGAGAAAGCUUGGUAUGCAGGAGGCUAUUAGAAGUCCCCCCCAUGUUCAGAAAACUCUGAGAGUUUAUGUGUUUAAUACGUUCUCGAAGCACACAAAAACUGACUCUGAGGAGGAUAAAACUGUUGAGGAAUCUUCUUGGUCUUUGAAGAUAAUUGGAAGGGUAUUGGAAGAUGGGAACGAUCUUUUGUCUGGAAUUUUGCAGAGAUCAAGUCCUUCUGACACAAAGUUUUCUGAUUUUUUCAAGAAAAUUACUAUAUGCUUGGAUCAGAACCUUUAUCCUGAAAAUCACAUUAUUGUGUGGGAUAGUGCUCAUUCGCCUAAACAACAGGAUGGCUUUGAGGUUAAGAGAAAAGGAGACAAAGAAUUCACUGCAGUUAUCAAAUUAGAUUUGAAAUAUUCACCUGAGAAGUUCAUGGUCUCAGCACCAUUGUCUAGACUCUUAGGGGUUGAGGUCGAGACUCGCCCGAGAAUAAUAGCUGCUCUUUGGCAUUAUGUGAAGUCCAGGAAGCUACAAUGUGCCGAUGAACCUUCAUUCUUCAUCUGUGAUCCUUACCUCCAAAGGGUUUUCGGGGAAGAGAAGAUGGGAUUCACCACGGCUGCUCAGAAGUUGUUAGAGCAUUUGUCACAACCAAAGCCUAUAUAUUUGGAGCAUAACAUCAAGCUUUCUGGAGACUGCCCAUCUGGAACUGCAUGCUACGAUGUACAGGUUGACAUGCCUAUUCCAAUGCAGAAAGAAAUGUCUGCAUUCUUGGCUAGCAACAGCAUUGAGAGUAACAAAGAGAUUGAAACUCAAGAUGAGAUGAUUUCCGCUAACCUAAAGAAGAUCCAAGAGCAUCGUAGAAGACGUGCUUUCUUUCUUAGCUUUAGUCAGUCUCCAGCAGAGUUUAUCAAUGCUACAAUUGCUUCUCAGAGCAAGGGUCCAAAACUUGUUGCUGGGGAUGCCGGCCGUAAUUCUGAAAAGGAGCAGUGUCCUGAAUUUUAUAAUCAACCAUGGGUUGAGGAUGCUGUCAUUCGGUACUUGAACCGCAAAGGUGCUGGAAGAGAUGCUCGUGAGGGCAACUAAGAGAGACUUGUAGAUUUCUAUCUUUUCUAUCUUUUCCCCCUGUAAUAUUGGUUAGGAAGAAAGGUUAUUUGGAUACACAACCCGAAGAAUAGAAAAAGGAACAAAAGUUAAAAGUAGGAACAAAGAAAAUUUUGAGUGGAAAUCAAGGUGGCUGAUUCACCAUGAUGGUUUAGCAAUUGGUUAUAUAAUUGAACAUUGUACAAAGUUUCUCAAAAUGCACAUUCAUGAAUUUUGGU